CGGAGGGUCGGGGAAUGGGCGAGAGGUGCGGGGUGGAAGGCAGCGCUCCCCGCGAGGCGCUGGGCUUCGGGGACGGCGGUGUGCGGGGCCUGUCCCGGUGCCGCUCCUGCUCCUUUGGGCGCUGCGCUGUGCCCGUCCUGGGGUGUUGGGUCUGUGCGCAUCCCCAGCGCUGGGUCAAAGUCCGCGGUUCCCUCUCGCUCUCCCCGGCAGCGGCCGGGUGUCUCCAGCAGCCGAACCCGGCGGGGAUGUUGUGACCUCGGGGAUGCUCAGGUGGCGUUUCCCCAGCGGCUGGCGGGGCAGUUCCUGGUUCGUGCGGGGUCAGCGCUGGGAUGGCACGCGGUUCCUUGGCUCUGCCUUCACUGUCUGCGUCCAGUUCUUUCUAAGAAACUCGAGGCUGGAGCUGCGGGUUCUGCCCGGGCCUCCCGUGCUGGGCUGAGUGUAUCAGCAUAGAGAAAUUAGUUUCUCUAAUUGGCCGUUUAGAUGCUAAUUUGCUUCUCGGAGCCCUGUGCCAGGUCAGCCUGCUCCAGGACGUGACUCAAAUUGCUGAGCAGCGUGAAUUAUGCACCCGGCAGAGCCGAGGCUGGAUGGGUACGGACCCACCUUGGCAGGAGCGGUGCUGGCUGCCCUCCCCUGCACUGCUGGCUUCAGGGUAAGCAGAUCUGCUUGGACAGAGCCUGCUUCUUUGUGGCUCACCAUAUAUCAAGCAGCCACUUUAAUGGGCGCCUCUCAUUAAUACAGGCACGUUGGUACCGUGUGCUGCUUUUCCUGUAGAGCUGAUUUUAUCUUCCCCCUCCCAGGACUGGCAUGGACCCGUAGGGCGUUUUGCUUUGUAAUGUCUUUAAUAAGCACCGUCUUAAUGCAGUUGGGCUUCUGCCAUUGCUGCUGUGCCUGGGGAGCAGCUGUGGGGCAUGGGAACCUUCUGUUUUAUUCCCUGUUUGGAGGUGUCCCAGAGCCGUGGGGGGGGGCUGGACUUGAGGGUCUGAGAGUUGUUUUCCAGCCUUAAUGAUUCCAUGGUUCUGUGACUAUGAGCAGCAAAGCCCCUGAUUGAGGCUGGUGUUUGGGCAUAGUCACACCACUUGUUGCCUUCAUGCAGCCUCAUGGCCAACCAAGGAGCCUUCCUGCACCAAUGGAGCCCGGCCCGAUGCCCUUAUCUCCCUCAUUUCUCCUCUGUCAUAGCAACGGGAGCGAGCACUCACUCAGUUGCUAAGGUUAUGGGGAUAAUGGGGUCUGGUGCCGGAGCAGAGAGUAAUUACAGCAUGUCUCUGAGGGAGUGGCUGGAAGGGACACGGGGCUGGGAUGGCACCGAUGUGUGUGAUGGUCCUGGGGGAAGCCAUGAGCUCGGAGCAGGAGAGGUAAUGAAUGUAGAUGGGAUGUGGGAGCUCAGCUCUGUGUGACUGCUUCGUUUUGGUUUCAUUUUAAAGUAUUUAAAAGAAAGAAAAAUAAUUGCCUAAUUAAUUUCCUAUAAAAACAAAUUAAAACAGAUUGGGAGCUGCUUAGCUGAAAUAACCAGGCUGUGAAAGCUGGCUGGGGAGCUGCUGAUGGGUCUGUGGAGGGUGUUGCGGUGUUUGCAGGGCUGUGAGUUCAUGCUUGUGGGCACCUGCGGGCAGCUCAAUGUCAGCAAAACCUUUCAGCUUUAGCCGUGAUGUAGCCACCGUUUGAGGUGGAGGAUGGAGCAUCCCCAGGGCUGCCCAGCAGGAAGGGACCCCAGCACAGCCCUGCUGCUUCCCCUCUGCUCUCCAUUGGAGCUGCAGAGCAGUGUGGUUCUACAUCCCCACCUGAUGCUGCCAGCUCACUGCUGAGCACAGCCAGGUGCACGCAGCUUUAAUGAGGAUUUGUUCCGCCUGAUUUCUUCCAUCAUAGGGAAAGGAGCAAACAGGUGGAGGGCUGUUCAGCAGGUCAGAGGAUGAUGGGAAGGAAAGGACUCCCUUGCAGGCUGUGGAGAUGACUCCCCAGCCCAGCUUGGUUCUGCUAUCGGUGUUUCUGAUUAGGCUGAUUGUGCUGCACUCUGUGUCCUGGAUGGAGAUAAGAGGGAGGAUGCUCUGUGCUGUCCCCAUUCUGGUAUCAUCAGCCCUUUGGCUGUGUGUGUUCCUUUCUUUCCAGCCCUGUUACUGUUCCUGUUCCCACCCAGCAGAGCCUGCAGUACUACAACGUUCUCAUUUCCUCCACUGAUACACUUGCAUCCAACUGGGCAUCUUGCAGAAGCAAAGUGCAGAGCCAUCUGCAACAUUUUGACUUGCCUUCAGCCCCGCUGGAGCAGAUAAAGCUCUGCAGAGCAGGGUGGGAUGCAUUCAGCUGUUUCCCACCCUGUCUGUGCAGCUGCUGGCAAAGCAAAGUGCCCAUCCUGGGGCUGACUGAUGGGCACCCGCAGGUGCUGGGCACUGUGGUGCAUGGGCUGUGCUUUGCUCCACAUGUGCCUGAGCAGGAGGGCAGGUUGGGCUGGAGCAGCUCAGCUCCUGAUGGAGCUAUGGGUGUCCCUGCACCUUACAGUGAGUUGGACCAGAGGGCCUUAAAAGUCCCUUCCUACAGUGCUGUGAUCUAGGGCUGACCCUUCAGGAUGGGCUGCAGGUCAGCGCUCUGUGCCGGGGCUGAUUGCAGCGUAGGGCUGGAUCGAUCUGCACGAGCUGCUGCUGCUAUAAAAGGGCCAAGGCUGUGUGUGCUGCGGGGCUCUGUGCCUGGCACGGCAGCUCGGUGUCAGCAGCAGGCGUGGGUGCAGGCGCAGAGCCACAGUGCUGGGUGUGCCAUGGCCGACACCAUUUUUGGCAGUGGGACGGGUCCCUGGGUGUGCCCCAAUGACCGGCAGCUGGCUCUGCGUGCCAAGCUCCAGACAGGCUGGUCGGUGCACACGUUCCAGACAGAGAAGCAGAGGAAGAUGCAGGCUCUGAGCCCACAGGAGCUUGAGGUCAUUCUGGAAGUCAUCCGCAAGGCAGAGAAGCUGGACGUUGUGGAGCAGCAGCGCAUUGGGCGCCUGGUGGAACGGCUGGAGAACAUGAGGAAGAAUGCGAUGGGGAACGGCCUGUCGCAGUGCUUGCUGUGCAGUGAGCUGCUCGGGCUGCUGGGGAGCACAUCAGUUUUCUGCCAGGAUUGCAAAAAGAAAGUUUGCACCAAAUGUGGCAUCGAAACCUUUGGAGCCCAGAAACGUCCCCUUUGGCUGUGCAAGAUCUGCAGUGAACAGAGAGAGGUCUGGAAGAGGUCCGGUGCGUGGUUCUACAAAGGGCUGCCCAAGUACAUCACACCUCUGAAGAGCAGCAGCAGAGCUGGUGAGGUGCCCUCGCAGCCCUGGCAGAGCGAGGGUGCUGUGCUGGAGGCAGGGAGUGUGGGGACGGGCCGCUCCUUCACCUGGGCCAGGGGCAAAGUGGUUUCUAGCGACAGCGACUCAGAGCUCAGCUCUUCCAGCCAGGAGGACAGACCUUCAUCUGCAGGGUCAAAAGACUCUCCAGGAGGAAAGCAGCAAGCAGGACAGGUGCUCUCCAGGGAGCCCGGCUCUCCCAUGAGGGUGUCUGGGAGCCGCAGCAGUGCAGGCAGCGAGCAGGGAGAGAGCUGCCAUAGUGACCAGGCAGCAGAUGAGCAUGACAGCAGCGGCAGCAGAGCCCCAGGCAAAUGGCGCACCCACACCAGAACACGGUGCUGAUGGAGGUGAAGAUGGAGCUGAGCUGCCUGAACCCAACACUUGCCCCCUCCUGUAGGCCUCACUAUGGACAUUGCCCGGUGCCAAUGAGGACUGUGAUGAAGCCACCUCUGCCCAAGCACCAGCAACACAACAGCACACAUCUGCCUGUCCUCCCUGCCCCAAUGCCCUGCCUCCUGUUUUGGCAUGGUGAAGCAGCUUCAUCACACCCUGCACUGUAGGCAAUGCAGCAGGACCAGGAGCAGAACACACGCUGCAGCUCUGGGUGGGAGAACACCCCCCCUACACACACACACACACCCACAGCUGGCUGCCCAAAUCAGCUAAAAGCUUUUCAAUUACUUUACCUCUUUAAGCUCUGCAGAUUCUCCUCCCACGUGCGCACCUUGUAAUCUCCUGCACAAACAGGGGCCUGUGUUGUACCUUUUUCCUGGAAGUCUCGAGCAUCUGGCUGUAGUGGUGGUGUCAAGAUGAGUCAGGCUGAGAGCUCUGCCCCAGUCCUGCUGCUUUCCUGGGAUGGACAAUCCCCCUCUAAGACCUGGCUGAUGAGAAGAAUCAAAUUACCCGACAUUUCCAGAGCAAUUAGAUCCUUAAAGGCUUGAACAAAAGCUCACUCGAAGCAAGUAGGAGUCUGUGCAUUUUGAUGAAAUGCUUUAGAUCUGACCUGUGUUUUGCUGAAGAAAUGAAGGAUUCCAAAAAGUUCCCUCUUCAGUCGUGGAUUUAAAAGCAAUUCGUGCCUGUUAAUGUCAGCCUGUUCCCUUGGUUAUUACUCUUUUGUUCAGUACUCUUUUGCUGCUGGGCUCUCCGUGUGCAUGUAGUAUAUGCUCUUACAAAUGGCUGCAGUAUGAAGAUAAAUGAGAUCGGGUGCUGGAAUACUCUAACAGGAGAUUGGAAAUCAAUCCUUGACUUUCUUUCUAAACAAACCUGGUCCAGCAGAGCACUGUUCCCCUACUGCUUUUCCAGCUAACGCUUCUGGGAAACACCUUCCAACUAUUCCUCCGUGAUGCUUCUGCCCUUUGGUAAAUGAAGGUGAAGCCUUUGGGUGACAUAGAUUGCAGGAAGAGAAAUGUCUGGACAUGGAUUUCACAGCUUUGGUAUUGAAGAGAGCAAGGGAUGAGCUUGUUCUCCACUGAGGAAUGCUCCCAGUGAUGUGGUUGUUAAACCUGGUCAUCAAGACCAUUCUGCCAUCUAUAGGAAGAUUCCUCGUGGGUUAAGGGAAGGAUCCAGCCCAGGAGAACAUGACCUGGUCCCAUCCCAAUGGGACUGAUGCACACACUCAGCAGCGUGCAUAUCAUUUCUAUUUUAAACAUCUCCUUCCCUUUUGUUGCAGCUCUCUCUAUUAUUCUGUAAUUCUGGUUGGAAUAUUGUCCUAAAGUUGCACCAGUUGAUGUCUUUUCACUUGGCUCAAGGGAGGCAAGAAGGGCUCAGCACAUGGUGCUCAGUCUACUCCAGUUGUUUGUGUUGCUUUUAUUGUUUUGUUGUUCUCAUCUCCCUCCCUUAUAACCUUUAUGUAGUGUUUUACUACUGGAAACAAUAAAGCUUUAGCUCUGGAA